AUGGAAACCGACGACGCCACCGCAGACGAGGGGCAAGAGAGCGGCGGGCGACAGGAGCAGCAGCAGCAGGAGAAAACAGAGUUCAGCGGCAAUUCAUGCGAUUACUGCGUGACGGCCGACUGUGUGGAAACAUCGCAUAAACUGAUGCAGUACAUUGACCCGUCCGUCGAUCCAUGCGAGGACUUCUUCGACUACGCUUGCGGAAGGUUCGAGAAGGUUCACACCAUCCCGGAAGACAAGGCCGCAUGCGACACAUUCUCCCUCCUCAAGGACGACCUGGAACUUAAACUAUUCGACCUACUGGAAGACCCGAUAAAGGAGGACGACAUUGAGGCAACCCGCAAAGCUAAAGACUUGUACAAAUCCUGCAUGAACGAAGAGAUGAUUGAGACGCGUGGUAACAAGCCGCUGCUAGACCUGCUCGAUGAGCUGGGAGGCUGGCCCGUGCUGGAUCCGGAGUGGAGCGGCGAGGGCUUCGAUUGGCUAGACCUGACGAUAAAGCUGCGUCACUAUAACAACGACAUCCUCAUUCAGCAGUGGGUCGGAGCAGACGGAGAAAACUCGUCCGUCAACAUCAUCCAGCUCGACCAGACAGAUCUCGGAAUGCCGUCACGUGAAUACUACCUGAGCUACAACGAAACCGAAGACCCCUCCCUCCCCGUAGAGAAGAAAGAACAAGUCGCAGCCGACAAUGACGUCGACGACGGCGUCGCCGAGCAGAACGCGACCGCCGCGCCCUCUGUCGUCGUCGCCAAUGCGACGACGGAGGCGGACGACGAACUAGCGCCUGCCGACGCGUACAGGAAGUUCAUGUUGGAUGUGACAGUGUUGUUGGGAGCCGACCCGGAGUUCGCUGUUGCUGAGAUGAGGGAUACGUUCCAGUUCGAGACCAGACUCGCUAAGAUGACAAUACCGCACCAUCUGCGCAGAGAUUUCUUUUCGAUCUACAAGAAGAUGAGACUGGCCGAACUGAUUGAGAACGUUACAGAGAUAGACUGGCUGCGCUACCUUAACUCCAUCACCCCGUUCAACAUAACGGAGGACGAACUCGUCGUUGUCUACGCCAUGGACUACUACAAAAAGCUGGCCGUGGCCGUCGAAGAAACUCCGCCGAGAGUGAUUGCCAACUACCUGCUCUGGCGGUUCGUCAAGCACCGGGUCGGGAACAUGGGCAGCGAAUUCAUACGACUGAAGCAGGAAUAUCAGCAGGUGUUACUGGGAACGAUGACCGAGUCUUCUCGCUGGAGUAAGUGCGUCUCGUACAUCAACGAAAACUUUGGCAUGGCCGUCGGCGCCAUGUUCGUGCGCAAACAUUUUCAGACUGCAACCAAAGAACAGUCUGUGGAGAUCAUAAGAAACCUCAGGGAAACAUUUGAAGACAUGCUGAAGGAGUCUGUUUGGAUGGAUGACUCGACGAAAUCAACUGCCUUGAAAAAGGCGAGGGGAAUAACGGAGAAAAUCGGCUACCCGGAUUUCAUCAUGAACGCAACGUUAUUAAACGCGGAGUUUGUGAACAUGGACUACUGACCCAGCUGUGAUCAAUGCGUAUUACAGUAGACCCAAGAAUCAAAUCAUGUUCCCAGCAGGAAUCCUGCAGCCUCCCUUCUACAGUCCAUCGUACCCGAUGUCGAUGAACUACGGGGGAAUAGGAAUGGUCAUCGGUCACGAGAUCACGCACGGGUUCGACGACAAAGGUAAACAGUUCGACGCGGACGGUAACCUGUUGGCGUGGUGGUCGGAUGAGGCGAUUGUCAGCUUCCAGGAGAAGGCGCAAUGCAUGAUCGACCAGUACGGCAACUACACCAUAGAGGAAGUACAGAUGAACAUCAAUGGUAAAGCGGCACACAGGGAGAGAACAUUGCGAGAUAACGGGGGAUUUGAAAAGCAGGCAUAA